AUGUUGGUGUUGGACAGCACCUCGAGAACUCAAUUCCUUCGACAUGCUCCGAAAACGGUGAAGAAAAUGAAUGACAUGGAAUUUGUUAUUCUCAAUGGAUACAAUAAGGUUGGUGACAACAGUAACGUGAAUCUUUUACCGAUUAUCGCUCAUCAACUUGCCGUAACGAAAUCUUAUCCACUUUUGACAAAAGAUGGACAGAUUGAGUUGGCAAAAAUUUUGCCUAUCAAUGCGUCGAUCGAUCCGGAUACGAUUGAUUUCAUCUGGAAAGAGAUGAAAGCUCGUGGUUGUGAGACUCUCUUCAACGAUGACAUCAUGCAUCGAAGCCGCGGGAUUCUCCACUAUCCGGCCAAAUACUUCUUGCCGGGCUUCUCUCGUCCACCAGCUGAUCACUAUUAUCGACCUUUCUAUACGAAUUUCUAUACGGAAACUGAAAAUCACUGGAAAAUCUGUUACGAGGGUCGGCAAAUGCCUGAAGAAUUUGCCGAUCCGUGGUUUCAUUUCACUCGCUUUACUGCUGAUCGAUACGCUUUUGGUUUCAACUUUAUCACGAGCAUGACGCACGACGAUCCAAACAACCUUCAAGUUAUCGAUGAAUACUUAGCGAAACGAUUAGAGCUCUUGGAUAAUGCUGAUGCCCUCGAGAAUACGGUACUUUUGAUCAUGGGUGAUCACGGGCAACGCCUGAAUGGCAUGACGCACGACGAUCCAAACAACCUUCAAGUUAUCGAUGAAUACUUAGCGAAACGAUUAGAGCUUUUGGAUAAUGCUGAUGCCCUCGAGAAUACGGUACUUUUGAUCAUGGGUGAUCACGGGCAACGCCUGAAUGGCGCCACACAAACGUUCGCUGGUCGAAUCGAGGAACGCACCCCGCUGAUGGCCAUCUAUUUGCCAAAGAGAUUACGCGAACUCUUCCCAGAAGAAAGCCAAACACUCCUCGACAACAGUAAUCGAUUCACUUCUAAUUUUGAUGUCCACGAAAUGCUACUCGACUUUAUUGAGGGAAAAAUUGGUGACAAGAGGAAGAGACGGGAUGACGCAAGAGGGACAAGCUUAUUCUUGCCAAUCCCGUCGACGCGAAGCUGUCUUGAGAACAAUGUCGUCGAAUUCGGUUUCAUCGAGGCUCAUUGCUCAAUGAAAACAACGAGAGAUGAGAAGUUAUCGAUUCUCUUUCGUUUAAAGCAUCGCUUUAAUUCAAACGAGUUCUCGAUUACCAUUCCGCCAUUGAUUCGUGAUUCACAAAAUGUGACUCUUUUUGGAUUGAAUUUUUGUUUU